UGGCGGUCUCCCAUCCGGGAGGAACCAAACCGGAAGUGACGCGAGCGAGUUCCGGUUGGCCGAAGCCCAGCGGCGGGUGUGAGUCUAUCAGGAGCCGCUUCCAGGAUCCUGAGAUCCGAAGAAGCCGGGGUGUGAGCAGCUCCCCAAGAAUUAUUGCUCUAUGAAAUGGCAGAGAAUGGAAAAAAUUGUGACCAGAGACGUGUAGCAAUGAACAAGGAGCAACAUAAUGGAAACUUCACAGACCCCUCUUCACUGAAUGAGAAGAAGAAGCGGGAUCGGGAAGAAAGGCAGAAUAUUGUUCUGUGGAGACAGCCAUUCAUUACCUUGCAGUAUUUUUCUCUGGAAACCCUAGUAAUCUUGAAGGAAUGGACCUCAAAAUUAUGGCAUCGUCAGAGCAUUGUGGUAUCUUUUUUACUUCUGCUUGCCGUGCUUAUAACUACGUAUUAUGUUGAAGGAGCACAUCAACAGUAUGUGCAACGUAUAGAGAAACAAUUUCUUUUGUAUGCCUACUGGAUAGGCUUAGGAAUUUUGUCUUCUGUUGGACUUGGAACAGGGCUGCACACCUUUCUGCUUUAUCUGGGUCCACAUAUAGCUUCAGUUACAUUAGCUGCUUAUGAAUGCAAUUCAGUGAAUUUCCCUGAACCACCCUAUCCUGAUCAGAUUAUUUGUCCAGAUGAAGUGGGCAUUGAAGGAGCCAUUUCUUUGUGGAGCAUCAUCUCAAAAGUUAGGAUUGAGGCCUGCAUGUGGGGUAUUGGUACAGCAAUCGGAGAGCUGCCUCCAUAUUUCAUGGCAAGGGCAGCUCGCCUCUCAGGUGCUGAACCAGAUGAUGAAGACUAUCAGGAAUUUGAAGAGAUGCUGGAACAUGCAGAGGCUGCACAAGACUUUGCCUCCCGGGCUAAACUGGCAGUUCAAAACCUAGUACAGAAGGUUGGAUUUUUCGGAAUUUUGGCCUGUGCUUCAAUUCCAAAUCCUCUGUUUGAUCUAGCUGGAAUAACAUGUGGACAUUUUCUUGUACCUUUUUGGACCUUCUUUGGUGCAACGCUGAUCGGAAAAGCAAUAAUUAAAAUGCAUAUCCAGAAAAUAUUCGUUAUAAUAACAUUCAGCAAACACAUAGUGGAGCAGAUGGUGGCUUUCAUUGGUGCUGUCCCUGGCAUAGGUCCUUCUCUGCAGAAGCCAUUCCAGGAAUACCUGGAAGCUCAGCGGCAAAAGCUUCACCACAAAAGCGAAAUGGGCACCCCCCAGGGAGAAAACUGGUUGUCCUGGAUGUUUGAGAAGUUGGUCGUUGUCAUGGUGUGUUACUUCAUCCUGUCCAUCAUUAACUCCAUGGCACAGAGUUAUGCCAAACGAAUUCAGCAACGGUUGAACUCAGAGGAGAAAACUAAAUAAGCAGAGAAAGUUUAAAAAAAAAAAAAAAAUGCAGAAAUUAGAAUGAAUGGGUUCUGCUUUAAAUUGGGAGGACUCCAAACCAGGGAGGAAAAUUCCCUUUUCCAACCUGUAACUGUUUUAAAAAUUUUCUUCCUGAAAGCAAUUUAGUCCACAUUUUGCACUGACAUACUUUUCCUUUCUAUGUUAAGGUAAGGUAUCCACCCCUCAGUUCAAUCGGAGUUAUAUUUCACUAGGGUGGAGUGUGAUGUUCAGUGGCAAACUUAGCAGAAAUUGGCCUUCUGUUUGCCACCUUCAGAAGGGCCACAUGGUAUAAUUAGAAAAUCCCUGCCACACACACACUAAAAAGGUCAUAAGUAUGUCAAGCUUUUUGGGCUUGUCAUAAAUGAUUGCUUUCUUUUUCUAAGUCAUCCGAAUGUAUAUAAAUUAUACUAGAUUGGAUAACAGUCUCGCAUGUCUAUCAUGGUAAAAUUCAAUAUGCCUUCCUACCCUCAAAAAAGGCCAUUUUAUGAUGCAUUGCACACCCUCUGGGGAAACUGAUCCUUAAAUUUUGAGACAGUAUAAGGAAAAUCUGGUUGAUGUCUCACAAAUGAGCUGAUGCCAUUUUUUUAUUCUGUAUAUUUAAAAUGAAGUCAAGAAAAAACUUUAUAAAGAUGUCUUUGAUCAUUCCAAAA